GUCCCAGACGCCAGAAUGGAAACGCUCCUCGAUGCGCUGACUGGCACACCUCCUCGUCCUCCUCCUCCUCUUCUUCUUCUUCCUCUUCUUCUUCUUCGUCUUCUUAAUUGCGCAUCGGCACUCCGGCAGCAGCACAGUGGGAGUCACGACCAGCCACGUUUGAAAUACAUUUAAGAGAACAGAAAGAAGUGAGGAUGAUGAUGAUGAGUCACCUGGUGCGUUUGUGGACCAGAAUAUGAUGGAUUGAACUUUUCUUUUUUUUUUAAAAAAAAAAGAAAAAAGAAAAAUGUGGAAUAUCUGUGUUUGUGGAGUAUGUUGAAGGGAGACUUCCAGCUGGGCUGAUGCUGAUUAAUGAAACCAUGACACGUUUUCUUCUUCUUCUGAUGCUCUUUGUGUGAAGCUGCUCCAAAACUCAAAGUGUUUCCUAUAAUCAGGAGUAAAGAGGAGUCGCCUUCACAGCUUUUUGUUUUUACUUUGACAGGAGAGAAACUGAGAAAGACCAAAGACAUCAAUAUAACGAUGUAAUAAAGAGAUUUCCUGCACACACAUCCACGAGUGAAUGGAAAUAAACUGCACCGACUGGCAUCAAAGUGCGUCAGACCUGCGCGGACCGCCGUUACGCAUGGAGACAGCUCGGCACUGAGACGCUUUUUCUUGUCCGUUCAUAUUUCUUUUUAUGAUUUUAACUCUGACAAAAGAGGGAAAAAAGUUAUUCUACUCCUCCUCAAACAGAAAAUGAGUAGCUGUCUUUUCCGGCUGGCACUCUUCGUGGCUUGCGUCCUCUCCAUCCGCUGCACCGCUGCGCCCGGUACCGAGGCGGAGGCGCACACGGCGUCCCGGGAUACCUGCGCGUCCUGCGGCGUCGCUCAGCCGGAGGACCCUGACUCGGGAAAGCUGAACGUGGACUUCCUAGAGGCGGUCAAGAGGCACAUCCUGAGCAGGCUGCAGAUGCGGGAGCGGCCCAACAUCACGCACCCGGUCCCGAAGGCGGCCAUGGUGACGGCGCUGCGGAAGCUUCACGCCGGGAAGCUGCGGGAGGACGGCAGGGUGGAGAUCCCCAACCUGGACGGACACGCGAUGAGCAACGAGGUGCUGGAGGAGAGCUCGGAGAUCAUCAGCUUUGCGGAGAAAGAUGACAUCGUGACGUCCAAGUCCAGCCUGUUCUUCCUGAUCUCCAGCGAGGGGAACCAGAACCUCUUCGUGACGCAGGCCACCCUCUGGCUCUACUUCAAGCUGUCCCCUCUGGAGGUGCGUUCGAGGCGGAAGGUGACGGUGAAGGUUUACUACCAGGAGCCCGGCCUCAGCAGCAAGUGGAACCUGGUGGAGAAGCGCGUGGAGCUGAAGCGGAGCGGCUGGCACACCUUCAUGCUGACCGAUGCCGUCCGGUUGGUGUUCGAGAAGGGCGACCGGCGCCAGAACCUGGACGUGCGCUGCGAGGGCUGCGAGGCGGAAGGCGUCACGACCGUCCUGCUCAACCACAACGACGAGUCCCACCGGCCCUUCCUGGUGGUGCAGGCGCGGCAGGCCGACAACAAACACCGGAUCCGGAAGAGGGGGCUGGAGUGCGACGGCAGCAGCAGCCUGUGCUGCCGCCAGCAGUUCUACAUAGACUUCCGGCUCAUCGGUUGGAACGACUGGAUCAUCGCGCCGUCGGGCUACUUUGGGAACUACUGCGAGGGGAACUGCCCGGCCUACAUGGCGGGCGUCCCCGGUUCGGUCUCGUCCUUUCACACGGCGGUCGUGAACCAGUACCGCAUGCGGGGGAUGCGCCCGGGCUCCAUGAACUCCUGCUGCAUCCCCACCAAGCUCAGCACCAUGUCCAUGCUCUACUUUGACGACGAGUACAACAUCGUCAAGCGGGACGUUCCCAACAUGAUCGUGGAGGAGUGUGGCUGUGCUUGAGUAUGUUUUUAUUCCUGUUUAUUUAAGGUGGAACUGAAGAACUUUACUGUAAACAGUUUCACAAUAUUACAACAACAACAACAACAACAACAAAAAAAAAUGAAUAUAGAAACAGAAUAUUUAUGGACGAUGGAGAAAAACAUGCGCACACACAACCUCAUCCACACAUAUCUACACACCUUCAUGUAUGCCUGCACAAAAAAACUUGUAUAUAUAUUUAUGUUUGUUGAUAUAUUUCGUUAUAUUCUCUGGUGGAAGACUGUUUUAGUCAAGAAACAAUUCAGUCUCCUUCAAAGGGACGUGAAGAGUUCUCUUCCAAAUCUUUAAAUAUCCACUUCAAUCAAUAUCUAAAGUUCUUCAUUAAAUAUCUCUAAGAUAGUGAGGAUCUUUGUCAGAACUUGCGUAACCUACUAGCCUUUAAAAACGCAGCAUCCAUUUGAUUUAAUUUCCUGCUAUCAGUCACGUUGUUAGAGUAGGUUUUCCACUAGUUAAGAAGUUUUGGAAUGAAACUCUUCAUGCGUAGAACAUAAAACCCAACCUCGAACAUGAUAUAUCGUCUCCGGAGGAGGUGUAGGGAGCCUUACAUGAGUCACAGAGGAGGUUGGGGUGAUUCAACUAUGCCUCUUUCAAGGAACAAUGUGUGCAAAAACACUUGGGACAAGCACUGAAAAUGUUAAUGACACCAGUCAAGCUUCACCGACGUACAGCACUUCUGACGUGUUAGAGAAACUGUUUUUUUUUUUUUUUUUUUCCAACGAUAAAAAACGGCUUCAAGCAAAUAUGAACAUUUGGACGCAUUCCAGAAACGGAUGGAAACAGGAAAAACAUGAUCCGUAGAGACUUUUCAACAAGGUUUCUGUUACACUGAUUCUGUCACAAAACCAUGAAAUAAUCCUCCGAACUGACAACGAGAAAGGUCGACUUGCCGACGUGAGGUCACACCUGACAUUCAGACAAAAAAAUCUUAACUGUUAGGACGUUGUGUUUCUGAUCUCGGAUUGUCGGGACACAUCUUUCCCCCAAUUACCUUCAUUGUUGAGGAAGCACUGCUGCUUGUUGAGUUAGAAACAUUUUAAACUCUAUCAACAAAAUCCUGAAACAUGCCAGUCAAAACAGUCAACCCUACCCUUAAAUUACCAAUUUGUGCGCCCAAUAUUCUUAUUUCUUUCCCUAAAUUCAGAAAUUUGCAACAAAUUAAUCAAUCAUUUCCCUUAAAUCAAUCAUAUAUGUCUCCAAAUUAUAGAAAUGUGCAUCAUAUUUGCUCAAAUUACUUUCAAUUUUGGCUGUUGAAGACAACAUCUUAGUAUUUGAGGGAACUGUCGACCCAAAUUUACCGCUGACUGGAAUCUGCAGAUUUCAAGAGUUAGUUAACAACACAAACUCUGUCCAGCUCUUCUGAUAUCUGACGUAUUAUCCACAGUUUCAAUAGUUCCUAGCCUUCCAUAUGGCGUCUGCAUGAUGGCCCGAACUUCCACUCUUUCUAUUAGUUUUUUAAAUCGGGCAAGUAAAUAAAAUAACCAAAAUAAAUCUUUAGUUUUCAAAGGAUUGCGCCAAUUAUUGCGCCCAAUAUUCAUAUUUCUUUUCCUAAAUUCAUAAAUUUGCAACAAAUUAAUCAAUCAUUUAGGCCUCCAAAUUAUAGAAACGUGCAUCAAAUAUGCUCAAAUUACUUUCACUUUUGGCUGUUAAAGACAAAAUCUCAAAUUAUUUGAGAGGACGAUUCAGUAUUUGAGGGAACAAUCGACCCAAAUUUACCGCCAACUGGAAUCUGCAGAUUUCAAGAGUUAGUUAACAACACAAACUCUGUCCAGCUCUUCUGAUAUCUGACGUAUUAUCCACAGUUUCAAUAAUUCCUAGCCUUCCAUAUGGCGUCUGCAUGAUGGCCUGAACUUCCACCCUUUCUAUUAGUUUUUUAAAUCGGGCAAGUAAAUAAAAUAACCUAAAUAAAUCUUUAGUUUUCAAAGGAUUGCGCCAAUUAGUGCGCCCAAUAUUUGUAUUUCUUUUCCUAAAUUCAUAAAUUUGCAACAAAUUAAUCAAUCAUUUAUGCCUCCAAAUUAUUAAAAUGUGCAUCAAAUUUGCUUAAAUUACUUUCACUUUUGGCUGUUAAAGACAAAAUCUCAAAUUAUUUGAGAGCACGAUUCAGUAUUUGAGGGAACAAUCCACCCAAACUGGAAUCUGCAGAUUUCAAGAGUUAGUUAACAACAUAAACUAUGUAUUAUCUAUAGUUUCAAUAGUUCCUAGACUUCCAUAUGGCGUCUGCAUGAUGGCCCAAACUUCCACCCUUUCAAUUAGUGUUUUAAAUUGGGCAAGUAAAUAAAAUAACCAAAAUAAAUCUUUAGUUUUCAAAGGACUGCGCCGUUUCACCGCUCCAGUCAGAGGUCAGAAUAACAGUUUAACAGUGUGUAAUCACCACAUGAAGGUGGUGAAAUGAAUAUCAGGAAUGAACUCACAUAUUUUUCUGCCUUUUGUGUCGUUCGGGUGUUACAAGUAAAAACCUUCCUUCACCUUGUUGUCGCUUCACACUUCCUCCUCGGAGGGUAAAAAGUUCGAUUCCUUCCAGUUGUCACAACAAAUUCUCUCGUUUCAAGUCAGCGAAAGUGAAAAGUUUGCUCGUAUCGCUACAGUUUUUUUACGUGAUGGCGCAGCAGCAGCAGCUUCGCACAUUUCCCGACGCACACUUUGAUAGCACUUGCAGAUUGAAAUGCCUUUAACGAGCCCGAUGUUGGCGCACCGUUGCCCCACAGUCCUUCUAAAAAGAAAUAAGUGCCGCAUGAGCUAUGCAAUGUAUAGUAUUUACCCGUAUAAACCAGACAAGCUGAACUUAAGCUCUAGUGACAAACUAUCACCAAUACUUGAAAUGUAAGUGUGGCACGCAGGGACGGGUUCGGCGUUCCGGCUGGGAGGCGGCGGAGGCGGAUACUUACUGUCCUGAUGAAACAUCUUUCUGUUCGUAGGUGGUGAAGUCUGAUCAAUGUUUGAAAAACCCAGCAGGUCUUACAAAAAUGGCGAACUGGCUGCCGUGAUUCCUAAAAAUGACCUUUAUCUUAAUGGUUCCACCAAAUAUGCCGUAGAGGAAACACUUUCCCAGUCCAGGAAGAGCAACUUUCAAGGUUGAGGAGAGUUUGUGGUUGGAUUAAAGUUUGGUAACAACAUCGGUUUUGGUUAAAGAUUGAAGAAGUAAACACAUCCUGUCUUAAAUCAGCGUCGACUUUUACUUAUUAUGUUGAUAAAAACAUAUAAAUGUUGUUUUUAGGAGACAGUCGGGGAGAAAGACUGUUUUUUCGCUGUGCAGUGAAGAAGACUUUUAUGAUUUGAAGACUCUAUUCCUUCAACCAAACAAACACAUCAAUCAAAGUGACAUAUCUACUUGUCCAUCCCGUAUGGCGUAUGAAAAAACAAUUAAAGCACUGUAGAGCAAUGCUUCCCCCCCCCACCACCACCCAAGGGGACAUGACAUAAGUUUAAGGGGUCGGAGAUGAUUUUAUCACACAAAAAUGUUUAUUUUUACAGACCUUCCCCUCGAUUCUGAGCUGUUUUCUUGUGAAUUAUUGGACAGUUUUACAUUUUUCAAGCCUCAAAAAGCAUUCAAAUAAAACAGUGUGAGAAGGAUGAAUGACAUAAACAAGACAAGAGGAAGAUGUAGUUUUGUUUGAGGGCGUCACAAGCCAAAAAAACAGUAGGGAAUGAUUAUGAAAUAGCAGUAAAAUGUCAAAUAUGAUCACUGUAGAUAAAUAAGCAAGGUGAUAUGUCACUGUGGUUGAUAAAUAGAGUUACUGGAGGGACCUGUUGGGUUUUUUAAAAGAUUAGUUUUACUUCCUUUUUGUAAUAAUCCAUUAAAAAUGUCUGAAAUGUAAAAAGAGACACAAACUGGGGCUAACUUUGACCCAAAUGUGAUGCAUGAAUAGUGAUUUAGGAGUCUAAAUGGAUGUGUCUCGGUGGAGUUCCCAUCAUGGCCUGUUUGGCACGGUAACACACUUUGAGACACAGUUUUCAGGCCUCAAGUCUCUUUGACAUCACUUUGAUGUUUUUUCAGGUUAAAAAAAAAAAAAAAACGUUUCAGUGAACCUGUUAUUUCUUCCGGUCCGGUACGUUCUUGCUUCUCAUUCACAGGCUUCACCGGUACACAUUUAAAAAGAAAUACCUGAGCUUUCAGGUACUCACCUCCUCCUCCUCCGCCUCCCGACCGCCGCCCGACCUCCGACCUCCCUCUCCUGCCACUGUAAUCUUUCGCUUAUUCUUCAAAGCGAAUGUUAGAAUAUUUGCACUGAGGAGUUGCGUGACUAGUAAUAAGAAUAAAUAAAAAUAAAUAGAAACUGCCAUUGAAAGAAAAAAAAAAAAAAGUUAUUUUUAUAGAAGCAAAAUUGAGCUCUGUUCAAAUGUAUUAUACCUAAUCAUGGAACCAAAGAGGCCAAGAGGUUUAGCUAUUGAGAGAUGGCGAUGCCGUCAUGUUUUUGUUGUUGUAAAGUACUUUGUGACAGUUAAAAGAGGCCUAAACACUGUAUCAGGGUAUAAUAUCAGUCCAUAAUCAGCUUAAUCUCUUUUCUAUUUUGUACCUAGACAUGGAAUAUUUCAUAUUUUUUCAUCAAAUUACUUAAAUAUUCCUAGUUUUCUUUUCUUCUUCUUCUUUUUUUUUUUUUUGUUAGCUCUUGUUCCAGAGUCAUUUAGAGUAAAAGCACAUGCCAUCUGAUCCCUGUACAGUCGAUGUAACAUAUGAAUAUGCUUUUGAAAUAUUUUGUUCUUUGUAAUUGUUGAAAAAUAAAUUUCUUAUUACCAAUUUUA